AUGACGGCCACUCCCACUCCUUCAACUACAGACACCUCGGAAAGCCCACCAGCUCAACUGACACCUGGCGAAUGUGCACCGCUUCUACAACAACUAUGUCCGGCGUGCUAUGGUGGCCGAGAAUUUGGUCGAUCAUUUGACGAAGGUGGAGACAUUCAUAUUGCCUUAGAUGGGAACCUCCACCAUCGACACCUGAGGUCCGUGGGUGAGGGCAUACCGUUCCAUAAAUCGCAACGUUUUCUGUCGAAGGACUUUGUGAACGCAGUUGGGGAUCGAGUUGAGCAGGCACGUGGUAAACCUGCCAAAACUCGGACACCGAAAGUUCCAGAUGAAGCUAUUGAUGCAUGCACGGAGUCGUACCGGGCUGCACGGGGUGAUGGCGAAAAGAAAAACUCAGAGAUGUAUGACGAGAACGGAUUGAUGGCGUUGGUAUGCAGGCACGAUAUCCCCAUCUUCGUUGCGUCGAUUGAUACUCCAGGCGAGCAGCAAAAGUACUCUCUCGCGUUACUAGAGGCUCUUUUCUCUAUGAUACCACAGGAGGCGACUGUUGCCAGUUUGUACGAUAUUGGAUGUGUUCUAGAUCGUAGUCUAUCCUCGUACGAGUUGUUACCAGCGCAAUAUACAUCAAGACUCCAGCUAGCGACAAGUGUGAUGCAUGCAUAUGGCCAUCAAUGGUCAUGUCAAUUGCUAUACAAUCCUCGCCUACGAGAUGGACUCGGGUUGACAGAUGGAGAGGGUACUGAGAGGUUGUGGUCUCGACUACGAGGGUUGAUAGGUAUUGAGCGCCAUUCAUCAAGUGCCAGGCGGCUUUGGUUGCUUGACCGACAACUGGACUGUAUAGCCGACGAUCUUCAGACCUCCCUCGGCUCAUGGCAGCGUCAUCGACUCCAUACCAAUGUCCAGAAGAAGGAGACUGAAGUUUCUCAGACGUUCACAACUGACGGCAUUCCACUGAGUACCCUUAAGGAGCAGUGGAAGCUACAAUGCGAGGUGCAGAUGUCCGCGUGUGCUCAUGCACCGGCACAUCUGAAAAAGCACCUUACCAAGGUGCUCCAGCUUCAGAGCGAAAUUGAGGUCGUCGAAGCGAGUAUUGCAACUACAAAGUCUGCCAUCAAGACCUUGCCUUCCGCUGCCCAUGCCACCCUCUCUAUCGUUUCAACACUCGAGAAGACUCACAAUACACUCAAGGCUCAGGCAGAAGAACUCUAUCUAUUGUUAAAUCUUCCAGAAGAAUUUCGUGAUUUGAAGGAGGUUCUGUUAGAGUUCAUGCAAACUCUAAUUCUCGCUCGUGAUCUCAAGGUUCAUAUCUGGAAAAACGCAGUCGGCUCUUUCUUUGAAUGGGAGAGAUUGGAUACGGCCAUUGGGGGACGUGAUGCAGCAAUUGGUACCAAGCUGCACCAGGUAACCUGCAACUCCAUUUCUAAGCGCAAGCCUGCUCUCCUGAAUGGCAUCCACAAAUUUAAUGGUUAUUGUGCAACUCUAAAGAAUCUACACAAGAGCCAUUACUCCAUUCCAAUCCCCAAAGAACUUCCGACAGACCUCAAUGCACUUCGCGAUCCCGAGACGUCGCAUUUGUGGGAGGACGUCUGGAUUGAACAGUCAGAUGUGCAAUCAGGUCCUCUUUGGCUUGCCGAUGAAAAGGUCCGACGCGGUAUCCGUGCGAUGCUACAUCGCAAAUGCUGCCAGGAGGAACGAGUCAGACUUCAGAGGGAGGGUGAUAACAUGUGCCGAUGGUUCAGAGAGGAGCUUCUCGCGAUUGAACUGGCAUUGAAGAUACCGGAAUAUGCUUGUUAUGCGAGGCUUUUAGAACUGCGCUGUGAUGACCAUCUUCACCUCGCAAAGCUCUGGGCAAGUCUGGUAUUACCGCAUUCUAGACUUGAUGGGCAGAUCAUGUUAGUGAAAAGGGCCUUGCAUUGGUCCCUCUGUCCUUCUCUUCCUCUCCAACCCCAGCCUUUCGACGCAUCCCCCGACGCAAACGAAUCAGCUGUUUCCAACCCUGCACCUGCAAACACGACCCAUGUCGAUAUCUCGGAGGAAGAUGAAGAGGCUACCCUUGUGGACGCUGAGAUUUUGACUGAGGGUCCAAGUGCUCACUCAGUCUACUUAGCCGACGUGAUGGGUGCUGACGAUGGGGAGUCAUCUGAUGAGGAGGAGGGCAAGUCUGCUGAUGGGGACCAGAAGGACAAGGACAGCGAUUUUAAGAUGGGUGAGAUUGUGAGGAAAACAGGGAAAACUGAUGGUGUGUGGGCGGGUGUCAACAGUAGUACGGUGGAGAUGUUGGAGAUGUCGGUAGAGUGGACAGUCCCAUCGCCCUGUACCUCUGACAAUGAUCUACUGCCCUUCUUUGCAGCGUAUCCUUACCAUACUCUAGGCCGCCCCAAUGCACCCCGCGCAGUCACCUCCAUUACGUCCACGAGAGCAUAUGAACUGACUGAUCUUGAACUCAGGAUGCUUGACAAACCCACACAACUGAAUGGCGACUGCAUCAAUGCGUGCGCUGCAGUCCUUCAGAACCUGUUCCUAUUUUCGACGUCCUUGCCAUCUCCCCCUUCAACGGCGCAAGACUGCACUAUCUUUACAACGUACCUACUCCCAAAGAUAGCCGAAAGCCCAACCUCCAACACAGCAUGGCGAUUCACACAAUCGACUGAGUACUGGAGAAGAAAUAUAUGGUUAAUACCAAUUCACAUGGCCGAGUUCGAGCAUUGGGAUUGGCCAUUGUUCAUGUGA